UUUUUUAUUAUUGAAAAAAAAAAAUCCAACUCUGCAAAUAAUCUAAUGGCGACAGUUCAUAAGUUUAAAAGCGCUAGAGUGGUUAGAGUGGUUCUGGCAACACUUCUUCGUUCUGCAACCCCCGGUUGCAAUCCAUAGUGGCCUGUGUCAAACAUUACAACACCUGCAUGCCAGAACAGCACGCCCCAGCAGGUAGCAUGCGCUUUCAGCUCAGGUGUGGACGUUCUGCCAUGGUAUGAGGUAAGGCUGCUGUAAUAGGGAGCAGUUGCAAUCCAAACUCCACGGACACGGUUGGAUAUGCUCCAAGAACCCGCAAUGGGCGCGAGCGUUGACAGGAGUUUUCCGAGUGCGUGCUUCCAAAAUGACGCAAGUCUUUGACAGUCCGCGGAUUGUGACGUCACUAAGAGCGGAGGACACACACACACACACACACACACACUCUCUCUCUCUCUCUCUCUCGCUUCCUCUCUCUCUCUCCCGAUCUCUUCUCCGCCGUUGUCAGUAGUGGCUGUGUUUUCAGAACAGAGGAGCAGCACGCGCGGAAAUGUUCUUCCUCGAAACGCCGGCGCUCGCGCGCCUUUUCAUCUCGUGCUUGACGUGCAUGGCGCUGCAGCUCGGCGCGCGCGGUCUGCAAGUGCGCAAUCAGCCUCCUGGUAUUGAAGUCUUUACCAACACACAGUCAGUCACUGCAGGUCGGAAAGUUCUCACCACAGAGGGAAGGGAGUGUAAGUUUCCAUUCAGAUUGGGUGGGACUCUUUAUCAUCAGUGCAUUAUAUUGAGCUCUGGAGAUCGCUGGUGCUCACUCACCAGCAACUUUGACCGGGACAUGAAGUGGGGAUAUUGUAGUCCACGCACACGCCUCUUCAACACUGCUCUAUACAGUUUCAGUGAACAAAGCCUGUGCAGUCCAAACCCAUGUAAGAACGGCGGCAUGUGUACCGCAGUUCCAUACCGGCGUUCGUUUGAGUGUGUGUGUCCGGAUGCUUUCACAGGAGCCAAGUGUGAGCUGAAAAAGUGUUAUGAGCCCCUGCACCUGAGGCAUUACAACAUCGGGGAGAUGUGGGGACGAAUUCACCAGCGUGACGUAGAGCAGUGCACAUGCAGCAGAGAGGGAGUGUCUUGUGAGCGCACACGCUACAGAGUAUGUCUUUCUAAUCCAUGUGAGAAUGAGGGAACCUGCAGAAUAAUUGAAUCAACAGAAGAGGCGGUGUGUGCCUGCAGAACAGGCUACAAAGGACCAUACUGCAGUAUCUCACCUGAGGACAAAUGCUAUAAGGACUCAGGUGUCCAGUAUCGCGGCACUGUGGCUGUUACGCUCUCUGGCGCCCCCUGCCUGCCCUGGAGCUCAGACCUCAUGUACAAUGAGCUCUCUCUGAACACCGUACACGAUGCCUCUCAGCGGGGACUCGGGGACCACGCGUUCUGCCGGAACCCGGAUAAUGACAAGAAGCCCUGGUGCUACACCAUGAAUAACGGAGUGAUUUCCUGGGAAUACUGUGAUGUACCAUCUUGUCUUAAAGUGUCAUCUUCUCGUAAAGCUCCCACUCCAACCUCUAUUCCCACUCCUGUGCCUAGUCCGAAGCCCAGCUGCGGCAAGAGACAUCCAAAGCGAAUUCCUCGCGGACGAAUCCUGGGAGGCACUUCAGCACUGGCCGGCUCUCACCCCUGGAUGGCGGCACUGUAUAUAAGUGAUGAGUUUUGCGCUGGCAGCCUGGUCUCAUCCUGCUGGAUUGUGUCGGCCGCUCAUUGCUUCCUCCGCAAUCCACUGCUGUCGACGGUUCGUGUAGUCCUUGGUCAGCACAUUUUUAACGACUCGAGCGCCAACACGCAGACGUAUGGUAUAGAAAAAUAUGUGUUCCAUGACCAGUACAAUCAGUUCAGCCCAACAGUGCAUGAUAUUGCCCUCGUCAAGCUAAAGAAGGUAAAUGGGCGUUGUGCUCGCAAAACCAAGUUUGUUCGUCCGAUCUGUCUGCCAGACGAGUCUAUGACCUUCCCAGACUACACCUGCUGCACAAUUACAGGCUGGGGACACAUGCAAGAGAAGGGAAACUCAUAUUCCUCUCUGACUGAGGGAAUUGUGAAGUUGAUUCCUGAAGAGAGGUGUUCCUCUCCUGAGGUAUAUGGUUCGGAGGUGAGAGAGGGGAUGCUGUGUGCGGGUAGUAACAACUGUGUGGAUGCCUGCCAGGGAGACUCCGGUGGCCCACUGGCAUGUGUGCGGAACGAAGCAAGUUUUCUCUAUGGUAUCAUUAGCUGGGGUGAUGGUUGCGGACGAUCAGGGAAACCAGGUGUCUACACCAGAGUAACCAAAUACGUUGCCUGGAUCAAUCGCAUCAUUCGAAAGAAAAACCCUUCAAGAAAGAAAGGACUUUAGCAUGUGUUUAUUAGCAUGCAGCUGCUUUGUGUAUUGCCUGACUCUUAUUUUUUAAAGAACUGUGAAUGAAGUAUAUGUUUUAUAAUCUAAUAAAUUAUAUUGAAA